CAUUGUUCACAAUAUCAAACGGCAGAUCGUUUGAAGCGGCAAGCCACGUCAUCGUCCUCUUCCCUGAUCGUGCAACCAACGAACCCCUCUCUCUCUCUCUCUCUCUCUGUGAACAGCGACAAUGUCGACGCCGGCGGCGGCGGAGGAUAAUAAAGAGGAGAAAGAAGGGACCCAGCUGCUGGGCUCGCCGACGUUCACCGAGCUCCAAAACGGCCGAUUCAAGUGCGUCGAGACUGGCCACGAGAUGCUCGCCAAGGACAUGGAACCCUACUCUCGCAGCAAACGGUGUCGUCUGGGCCUCAUCGACUUCGCCUUGGCCCGCAAUAAGGCUCCCCUCAACAUGUUCAAGCAAGACCCACUUUGCCGUUCGAAGUUAGUAUGCAAAUUGACUGGAGAUACAGUAAACAAAUCAGAGGAACAUAUAUGGAAACAUGUCAAUGGGAAACGAUUCCUCAACAAAUUAGAGCUGAAGGAAAUGGAAAAGCUGAUGGAGAACAAUUCGAUGGAAGAAGUGGAUGAAAAGCCAAAAAAAGCAUCAAAACAGAAAAACGACAAUUUCGAUACGAAGCAGAAGAAGGAGAAGCAGAAAUCUGCUAUUGAGAUGGUAUCGGAAGUGAGAGACUCUGCUGAGAUUGACAGUGAUGUAGAUAAUGCUGACUUCUGGAUGCCUCCUAUUGGAGAUCGUUGGGACUUUGACGAUGGUGGAGAUAGAUGGGGAUCUGAUGCGGAGUCAGGGCAAGAGAGUGAUGAAGCAGCUGAUGGAACAGAUGGUAUCAAUAAAGUUGACGACAACGAUUCUGAAGAGAUUUCUAUGAGGACAAAAAGAAUGUCGAUCGAAAUUGGACCCAGUAGCUUUGCUUCAAGGAAGAAGAAAAGUAGAAAAAAUCCCACUGGCUGAGGCUGUAAGCAGUAAUUCGAUGUUUUGGCAGAUCCAUUGUACUAGAUUGUCUGAAAUCUUCCAUCAAGGUUGUAUGCCUGGCCUGUUAACGGAGAAGUCUGAUUAUGAAGCCAGUGAACUCCUGUUUCUUUGGGAAAAUGGACAUUGUUAAUUU